AUGGCUCACCAUCUCUCGGAAGAGCAGAUUGCGGAGUUCAGGGAGGCCUUCUCGCUGUUUGACAGGGAUGGGGAUGGAGCCAUAACCACCAAGGAGCUUGGGACAGUCAUGCGGUCCCUCGGGCAGAACCCGACGGAAGCCGAGCUGCGAGAGAUGAUUGAAAAGUUGGAUGCUGACGGCAGCGGGACAGUGGACUUCCCCGAAUUCCUGAACCUGAUGGCAAGGAAAAUUAAGGACUCCGAUGGCGAGGAGGAGAUCCGGAAGGCCUUCCAGGUGUUCGACAAGGACGGGAAUGGUUACGUCAGCGCGGCCGAGUUGCGGCACAUCAUGACCAACCUUGGCGAGAAGUUGACGGACGAAGAAGUGGAGGAGAUGAUCAAGGAGGCGGACGUGGACGGAGAUGGGCAGGUGAACUACGAAGAGUUCCUGCGGAUCAUGUCCUGCAAGUGA